CAGAUGGAACCGCAUAGUGUCGCACUAUAAACUAACAUACAAAAUGGCGGAGAGACGGCGAAGGCGAAGUACGGAAUGUGAAAGUGAAUCAGAACAUGCAGAGCCUGUGUUAUCAGAAUAUGAAAGUACAGCAGAUGAUAGCAGGGAUGUUGAGGAGACAGAAGAAGACAGUGAUGAUUAUGUGACAGAAGACGAGGAAACCGCUGAGGAAGAAGAAGAUGAGACUGGUGAUAAGAAAAAAGAUAUUGACGGAGAGCGGCAGAGUGGCGACGGAGAGGAGCAGCCAAAACUAGACAUUGAUGAGGAUAGGCAGAAUCCAGCUUAUAUUCCUAAACGAGGUGCGUUUUACGAGCAUGACUUGCGAUUGGAUCCAGAUGACGUGGGAAAGGAAGGGGGUGAUCAGCAAAGGGAGGAGAGAAGAGGUAAAGGUAAGCUGUGGAAGGAUGACUCUAAAUGGGCACAUGAUAAAUUUGACCAGUUUGAUCAAAAGCCAAAGUCUAGACAAGAACUGAUUGCCAUGUAUGGCUAUGACAUCACACAACAUGACCAGCCUCCUGAUGAACCUCCGAAAAUGUUUGGAAGAGGGUCAAGGCGUGGUGGUGGUGGCGGGCGGAGGGAUCGUAAGCCUCAGUUUCAAGAUUUUCUACCAGACGACGAUAAAGGAGGUCCUAACUAUCGGUCUAACAAUGACCAGUACAUUGAAGAGACGUACGAUGAUAGAGUUCCCCGUCAGUCUAGCUCUGAUACAACACACAAUAGGGGUGGCCGAGGGAGGAGAGGGCAAAGACGCUCAGAAGGUGGCGCCCCUAGAAGAGGGUACUCUGAUUUAAAGGAGGACAGAUCUCCUAGGAAUAAAGGUUUUUCGGACAGAGGGAGAGAUUCCAGGGAUGGUGACUAUAGAAACAGGGAUAACUAUGGAAAACGAGAGGGUUACGGAAAUAUUGACAACGAAAACUAUGGAAAUAGGGACAAUUAUGGAAAUAGGGAUAGGGACAAUUACGGGAAUAGGGAUAGGGACAAUUACAGAAAUAGGGACAGAGAAAAUUAUGGAAAUAGGGAUAGACAAAAUUAUGGAAAUAGGGAUAGACAAAAUUAUGGAAAUAGGGACAAAGAUAAUUAUGGAAAUAGGGACAGAGAAAAUUAUGAAAAUAGGGAUAAUUAUGGAAAUAGAGAUAGAGAAAAUUAUGGAAAUAGGGACAAAGAUAAUUAUGGAAAUAAGGGGCAGUAUAAUGAAAGUUCCCAAGGGAGAGGGGGUAAGGACUUUCAAGAUCGUUCAGAAAGUAGGGGUGGUUUUAGGGGGAGGGGAAGAGGGGGCUACAAAGAUAACAGGAGAGAAAAUAGGCGAGACAUUGGUAAUCGAGACAAUGUUGACCAACAAAGUGGCCGAUCAAAUCGUGACCAUGCAAGAUAUGACAGGCAGUAUAGUGGGGGAAGAGAUGGGCAAAAUUACGAACGUCAAAAUAGCGGUGGACGGGAUUCUGAAAACCAGUUCAGGAGACAGGGUAGUAACAGACAGUCGUGGAACGAACCGGAUUCACCUCAGCAAGAAAACACCAGGUUUAGAGGCAGCGAUGUUACGGAAAGACCGGCACCGAGGUCAUUUGAAAAACCAACACCUAAGUCAUACUACACCCUCUCGGUCACAGAUGAUGAAAAACUCGGUGAAAUGGAGGAACCGGAAUAUUCUGCGCCUGCUAAAGGAGGGACGGUACAAGAUAUUAAUGUUACUGUUACUGGUGAAAGAAGGUCAUUUAAUAAGGAUCGGCCUCGUCUGCCUCGAUCGCAGGAUUAUGUGCAGCAAAGUUCUGUAGAAGAUAGGCGAGAUGCAGGCCCUUCUCAUGGUCCUCCAAGUUCUAAACAUCAGCCUACAUUGCCACCUCGUCUGCAGCAGCAACAACAACAGCAAGAGCGUAAACGACAAAAACAACAACAACAACCCAUGGUAGAUAAACAGGAUGGCGGUCAAGGGAGAUCAAACAAGCGUUACUCGUCACAGAGACAAAGAGCUGCACCAGAAGGACCGGUAUUUUCAGAGCCCCAGAUUUCACAACCACCACAGCAGAUUGUCACAGCACCUUUACAGCAGCAGUUUCAACCAAACUUCAGUCCACCCAAACCAGCGGGAAGUAUUCAACAAUCGGUUAUAGUAAGACCUAAUAUAGUUCCUCCAAUGACUGCACCACCUCAACAACAGACAGUUGGUAGCCCGACGCUCGUCAUACCUCGUGGCCCUCCACCCCAGAAUAUGAUACCAGUCACUGGCCAAGUACCACCCCCACAGGUCAGACCUCCAAGACCACCACCACCUGCAGGUCCAAAUCCCCAGGGUAUUGUUGCACCACCACCGGUAUUUCCACCGGGUACCCUGCCAACCAGUGCCAUGCCGGCUGUGUCCGUGAUAGCAGCACCGUUGAUAAGUCCUGCAGGCAUAGUUUAUGCCGCACCACCCCCAGCAUAUCAGGUUCCUGUACCUCAGUUCCCUCCAGCCUCACCACAGACACACAAUCCUGGCGAGACAGUUCGAGGAGGGACAACUUACUACUCCCAGACUUCUGGGGGAGGGUCAGCAAGCGCUGGUACCACUUAUUAUUCUCCUGAAAUGCAGCUAGCCAAACUAAACCGGGUUCAAGUUCGAAGACCAAAAGUUCCAUUGCCAAUUGUCAAUCCAGAGGAAGUGAAAAAAUCAUCAGAACAUAAAGAUUUGGAAGGGGAUGAAAGUGAAGACCCAUAUCAAGAAGAACUUAGAGAUGAGUCAGGAGAAGUAGACAAUGAUAAUCUGGACGAUUACGAAGAAGAAUUCACCACAACUGAAGCACCUGUACAAGAAAUUAAAACUGAAUCAACCCAAGAUGAAUUUCAAGAGCCAGAUCAUACAGAUAUUGGACAAGAAGUAGAUAAUGAAGAAAAAUCUAACACUUUGGAAAUGGAAACUAGGUUAUCUGAAAUUAAAUCUGAAGAAAGGACUGAUGAUACUGAUUCUGAAAAGGUUAGGACAGAAAGUUAUGAAACUGAACAAAAUAGUGCUGAGUCAGGUGACCCUGGUCUUCCAGAACCAGAUGUAAGUGAAGAAGUUGUGAGUAGUGAAAAUCCUGGUAGAGACAAUAUAAGUGAAAGUGUAAAAGAAAUUGAAGAGGAUACUAAUACCGGGGAACAGACUGUUACAAAAGAAGAACCUAGUGCAGAAUCUAUAGAACAAGAUAAUGAAAAUACGAAUAAUUUAGAAAAAUCAAGUACGCAAACUAAUGAAGAGGACGAAAACAGAAGUUCAACAUUUGUAGUAAAGACAGAUGUGUUAACACCAACAUUAUCUGUGUCCACGGUAAUACCAGAGGCAGAUACUUCUGGUGAACCGGAAACUGUACUGACUGAAUCGGAAAACAAACCAGAGGUAGAUGUAGCCCAUGCGGAUGCAAGUGCAAUGAAAGUUACUGAAAGCAAUGAAGAAACUGGUUCUGUGACUGAAGAGAACAAAGAAGUGAAUGUUGCUGCAACAAAUGAAGAAAAUGCUGAUGAAAGUGUGGACAGUUUUGAAGAUGCUGUUGAGACUGUUAACUAAGUGUUGUUCCCUAUGCUAGUUUUUUUAUUGUAAUAUAAAGACCUAUCC